AUGAAAGAAAUUGGCGAAGAAAAUUCAAAUUAUCCCGUGGAUUGCACGAUUAAAUGGAAGUCACCACGAAGAAGUUUUCAAUAUUACAUUGUAAAGGAAGGUGUUUAUCCACCUGAGUCUUAUCUCACUUAUACUAGAGGGUCAAAUCAUUAUCCAAUUCCCGAUAAUUAUGUGGUAGAAACAACUUAUGGCAAGAGCGAAAAAAUGGUUACUUGCUUUAUUAAUUAUUAUAAUAAAAAACCUCAAUAUAAAAUAAAAUUUGGAUUACAUGACGAUGAAUAUAUAUGUUCAGAUCUUUCACCAACGGCUACAGCAAAUAAUUAUCUAAAGGCCUAUUAUGAGAAAAUCGCAAAUGAAAAGAAAAUUAAGAAUCCAAAUUUUCAGCAAUCAUUGCUGAACAGUAAGACGAAUGGUGUUUAUUUAUUUGGAUUGCAAUUACAGCAAAUCAACAUUUUAUCUGGUAUUGAGAAUCAAAUAAAACAACAUUUCAAUACAAAAGAUGUUGUUAAAAUUGAUAAGCUAGUUUUUACAGUAAAUGACUCAAAAUUUCAAAUUAUAUACCAACCAAAAAAUGACGAUGAAAGAAAUCAAAUUACUGCUUUAAUACAAGCUAUGGAUAAUAAUAGAAUUUCAAGAUCUUCAUAUUGA